AUGAAUGGUUCAUUCCCUAUCCAAGAAUUAAAGAAUUUGAAGAAUUUAAUAUUCUUGGAUAUAAGUGGUAACAAUUUCGAUGGCACCCUAUCAUUUAAAGAAUUAAGUAAUCUGAAAAAUUUGAAAACGCUGGAUGUGAGUUAUAAUCAAUUCAACAGCUCCCUCUCAGCGGCAGGAAAUCAACUUUCUGGCCCUCUUCCAGAAUGUAUUGGCAACUUGACCAACCUCCAAUUUCUUGAUCUGUCAUUCAAUCAGUUGAGUGGCAACAUUCAAUCUAUUGUUUCUGAACUCACCUCCCUCAAGUAUUUGCUUCUUUCUGGCAAUGAGUUUGAAGGCUCAUUCUCAUUUAGCGCUUUGGCCAACCACUCAAAACUUGAAGUAUUUAUACUCUCUCCUGGAAGUAGCAGGCUAGAACUGGAAACAGAAAAUCCAACAUGGUUUCCUGCAUUUCAACUCAAGUACAUUCAAUUAUCAAAUUGCAACUUAAAUGUGAGAACUAGAGCAAUUCCUAGCUUUCUUCGUUACCAGCAUGACAUACGCUUUAUUGAUCUUUCUCAUAAUAAGUUGGUUGGAACAUUCCCCACCUGGAUCUUACAAAAUAAUUCCAAUUUAGGAGUUAUAAAUUUGAGGAACAACUCAUUCACAGGAACUUUUCAACUGCCCAAUAUCAAGCAUGGUCUAGUUCAGUUAGAUAUUUCGAGCAAUAAUCUCACUGGUAUGCUGCCGAAGGAGUUUGGAUUGGUCCUCCCAAGACUAGAAUAUAUAAACAUGUCGAGGAAUAAUUUCGGUGGUAAUGUUCCUUCUUCAAUCAGUGAGACGCCAGCACUAUCUAUUUUGGAUUUAUCCCAUAAUAAUUUCUCGGGAGAGUUGCCAGGAAGUCUGUUUGCAAAUUGUACCAUGUAUUGUGCACUGAUUCUAUCAAACAACAAUUUUCAAGGGAACGUUUUUCCUCAGGGUAUGAACUUGAGAAGCAUGACGGUGUUGGAUAUGAAAAACAACAACUUCAGUGCGAUGGUAGGUGUAGACUUGGUGAAUAGCUCCAGCCUCUCUUUUUUUGACAUAUCCAAUAACAAGGUAUCCGGUCCAAUUCCCAGACUUCUAUGUAAUCUGACCCAUCUUUCUUUUUAG